ACUAGCUGAUAGGUUUCAUAAAAUUAAGUUUAAGUUUGAUUAUAUUUUUUGUGUAUAUUGGCCAGAAUGCUUCAAUUGCUUCGUGAUUCAGAGUAGCUCAGAGUAGCUGUCAGGUCUCAGGUCUGUCAGCUGUCAUUGUGGAUUUUUCAGGGGUGUUUGUUGCACGUUUGUUGCUAAAAAACAUUUUUCGAGCAGUUUCUGAUAAAUAUAUAUUUGUCCAAAAAGGCUUUCGAGUUUCUCCAUAUUUGGAAAUCUAUCUCAAUAUGGUUAGUUCUCUUGGAUGAAAUAUUGAGCAGUAGCUUUUGUUUAGAUCCUUGUAACAAAAUUGCAUAGGAUGUCUUGGUUCUUCGGAAAAAAGAAGCACCAGAAAGAUUCGCCUCCAAGUUCCCCCGAGGAAACUCCUCAAGGGCGAGGCGAUGAAUUUAUCUUCAUCGAGAGGAAGAAUCCCGAACCAAAUCCUGGAGACAUUGGAGCCAGAAGCAGCGGUUUAUAUCCAUCGAUCAGUGGUUUGCCAUAUUAUCCACCCAUGUCUGCUCAAAACUUGCCACAGAUUCCUCAGCCGGAUAAUUUUAAUUACUUAAAUUGUAUUCCGUUCAAAUACGGCGAAGAUCUGGAAAAAUCUAUCCACAACGACAUGGACAUCGAUAGACUUCGAGUCAACGAAAUUAUGUCAUUUAUCGAGAGAAUACAAAAGGAAGAUACUGGUUAUGGUUUUCAAGUUGAGAAGAGCGUAAUUGCUGAAAUGGACAGUGCCAAUAACUGAUACGAGAUGACGGAAGAUGUGGAAGAGUCCGCAGGCGCGAGUCGCGUUCUCUGCACAGUCUUGUCGAUACAGAUUAUUCUUGUGCUUAUUUUAAUGUUACCUUUAAUACCUGAAAUCAUGUGAGGAAACUGGCACUUUCACAUUGACAUUUUUUACAAAAGCCUAAUUUUCUCGGUUCAGAUUUCCCUCGUGUAAAUACUUAAUACUUGUAUAUUUUAUAUUUUAGUUACUUAAUGAACAAAGUGCACUGCAGAAGUGCAUACGACUCACUAAACAGAUAAUACUUGCAUCUAGCUAAAUGUUUAGUUUUUAUUUUAUCCUGAGAAACAGAAAAUUCCUCUGUAAUUAUCAUGAGCUGCCAUAUUUUAUUAUAGAAUUAAGCUUGUA